ACAGAAACCAGCAGAACAGCUUGUGUCCGGCUAGUCCUGCGCCUCACCCGUGUGAUGUGGAGGUACCCCGUCUGUGCCUGUUCCCCACUUUAACAAUCAUCAUCUAGUUAUGGCUGGGAGCUGUGCGGACACCCACGAGAGCAGAUCGGCAAAUGCUAACGCAUGCUUCCCCGCCCCCUUCCUUUCAUAACUUGUGAUCGCAGAGCCAUGAAAGUAUGCGAGUCCCUCCCCCAGCGCGGACCGACUUCCCCGGGCAUAUGAUCUGGGCUCCAUGUCAGCCGGAGCAGGCAGCACUGACUUCCCCGCCAGCGGCCGACGUGUUGGACUUAGCCAGAGCGAUGACCUUAACAAAAGAGAGUUUCUAUGGGGCUCCUCUACCCCCUUCUGAGGUGGCCAAGGCUGACAUGGACAACAGCAGGGAGGAGGAGGCUAUGCUGCAGUCUGUGGCAAGGACUGGAACAGUGGAGCCAGGCAAACAAGGGACAGGAAGGCUGGUCAUGCACAGCAUGGCAAUGUUUGGCCGCGAGUUCUGCUACGCCGUGGAGGCCGCCUUCGUCACGCCGGUGCUGCUCACUGUAGGGCUGCCCAAGAACCUCUACAGCCUGGUGUGGCUCAUCAGCCCUGUCCUGGGCUUUGUACUGCAGCCCGUGGUAGGUUCAGCCAGUGAUCACUGCUCAUCUAGCUGGGGCAGGAGGCGACCUUACAUUCUGGGUCUGGGCAUCAUAAUGCUGUUAGGCAUGGCUUUGUACCUCAAUGGGGACGUGAUGAUCUCAGCUUUCAUCGCUGAGAGAGACAAGCGGCAGACAUGGGCAAUAGUCACUACCAUGGUCGGAGUAGUGCUUUUUGACUUUGCAGCUGACUUUAUUGAUGGCCCAAUCAAAGCGUAUUUAUUUGAUGUCUGCUCUCAUCAGGAAAAAGAGAAGGGUCUGCAUUACCAUGCCCUCCUUACAGGUUUGGGAGGAGCCCUAGGUUACCUGACAGGUGCUAUAGACUGGAGUCAGACUAUACUGGGACAUCACUUGAUAUCGGAAUUCCAGGUGAUGUUCUUCUUCGCAGCCUUAGUUUUCCUAGUCUGCCUUACUGUACACUUGUGCAGUAUCCCUGAAGUCCCUCUCAGAUAUGACAGUGAAGAGACCAAGUUCUUGUUGGAAGUGGAUGAACCUUGUCAGUAUAACUCCAUACAGGAAAUUAAGAAUGGUUGCUUAAAAUCGGCGUGUACUGAAAUAAAGGCUGCACCUAAACCAAGGAAAUCCUCUGGUCCAUCCCAUACAGAAACUCAGCAGCAGAUGACCCUUAAAUCGCUCUUGAAGACACUUUUAAGCAUGCCAUCCCACUACCGCAAUCUGUGCGUGAGCCACCUCUUCGGAUGGAUGGCUUUCCUGUCCAACAUGCUCUUCUUCACAGAUUUCGUGGGACAGGUUGUAUACCAGGGUAGUCCCUACGCACCUCGUAACUCCACGCUUUACCUUGCCUAUGAAAGAGGAGUAGAAGUUGGAUGUUGGGGACUAUGCAUCAAUGCAAUUUUUUCGUCGCUCUAUUCUUACUUGCAGAAAGCCCUUCUGCCAUAUAUAGGGUUAAAGGGACUCUAUUUCACAGGAUACCUACUUUUUGGAUUAGGCACUGGAUUAAUUGGCUUAUUUCCCAACAUCUAUUCCACUCUGGCUCUAUGCUCCCUCUUCGGUGUCAUGUCCAGCACGCUGUACACAGUGCCAUUCCACCUCAUUGCAGAGUAUCACAGGGAAGAAGAGAACCAGAAGCUGCCGGAUGGAGACCAAGCCAGGGAGCAUGGGCGAGGGAAGGGUAUUGACUGUGCUGCGCUCACCUGCAUGGUCCAGCUGGCCCAGAUCAUUCUCGGCGUGGGCCUUGGGCUCUUGGUUAGUGUUGCCGGCAGUGUGGUCACUAUGAUUUCAGCAUCUACCGUGGCACUGAUCGGCUGCUGCUUUGUUGCUUUUUGCGUUCGAUACGUGGCGUAGAGCAGUGUGAAGCGCUGGAAGAAAUUCACCGCCGGGGAGCGUUUUCUUUCUGGUUCAGUAGCACUGGUGCUGUUGCCACACUGAGAUUGCUGGCACGUCCUCUUCUUUUACCUCCUUGGAAUGGUUGCAAUUCCAGAGCAUUUCUUAUCCACAAAGUGGAGACUCUUGGUAAAGCUGGCAGCCUAAUGCCCUCAAACUGAAAACUUCUGUAUUUUGACUGCUUUAUUACCUACUUCAUACUAACCCCAAUGUAUUAAUUCACUUGUACACAUUAAGGCUUGUAUUCCUAUGGUAUCCUGAUACCCUGUAUGAGUUGUCGUUAAGAUACUCCUUAUUAGGAAUUUGUGGAAGUUAAUAAAUGAAGUAUGUGAUAAAUUGAAAAAGUAAUAAAAAUGGACAGAGUUAGGAUGAAGGCUGUUGCUUAUCGUAUUUUUAAACUAUCUUUUAAGAUGGAGCUAUUCCCUUUAGUAGACAAAAGCUGCAAGAGGAUCAAACAGGUGUCAAAGGCCAUAGUGCUCUGAUGUUGUGAUUAGCAGUAUUGUUAAAUGGGAUCAGUUACUGCCCAGCUACUAUCAGAAGCAGAUUUGGGUAUGAGAGGUGGUUGGAGUUUAAGGAGGAUUGAAAGCUCCUGCUUAAAAGCAUAACAUAUUACAGUAAAGCAAUUAUUUUAUACUGUAUCCUGCUGCUUAUGUAUAAAUGAAAGGAGAACACUAGCUGAGCUUGUCAUAAAAGUCUGCCUAAAGAUGCUCUGCAAAUCCAUGUUUAGGCACCUAAACAAUUCAUCUACAGGAAGCAGCUACAGUUUCUUCGUUCUUGAAAAGUCUGGCCACUUGACCUCAAUACUUCAGAAUAAUCUAGGCCAAAAUAAGAAUUUUAUGAAUGGUUGUAAGCCUCACGAAUCUUCAUGUUGGGUAUUACAGUAUUUACCUUAAUUAAUGUAGUAUGUCAGUUUUCUCUAUAUUCCUGCAUGUGUCUAGCUUUCAGUGAAAUGUGUUUUGCUCUCUAUAGAAUAUUGUAAUUUAAUUCUGUUCUGCAAAGCACUAUUAUGAAUUGUUGUACAGAUGUACCUCUAACCAAUACAGUAAAUCUUGAAGUCAAAUUAUUUGUAUUUAAGUGCAUAUGGAGCUUCAUUCUUAUUUUUAUGAUAUUGCCAGAAUUUCAAAGAUCCUGUGUUUGUGAAAAUGAAAUUCUGUAUUCAUUCUGUGCAUCCUCCAUCCUGGAAAUUUUCAAAUCCAUUUACUAUGUUAUGUGCUAAGCUGCAUGCAGUCAUCUGCUAAUACAGUAUUACUAAUGAACAGUGACACAGAGAAGGAUUGUUGCCAGAUGUUUCCUGAAAUGUUGCACAUGUGUAAUCAAGGCUGUUCAGUUAUCCUAACUGUUGGGUAGGGUGGCUCUGCAUAAACAGGCAACUCUACAUAUAAAUGGUUAAUUUGAGCAUGAAGAUGUCUCUGCACAGGUGCACCAACUUCAUCCUCUUUUUUUGUUUGUUUUUGAAGAGUAUGGUGAGUCAUUUAUUCUCAGGAAAAAAAGAGAUCCCCCUUAGAGUAAACUCUUAUUAAUUAUAACAAGCCCAUGGAAGGCUCAUCUGCUUUUCCAUGUUGAUGAUUGUGUCUCCUUGUACGCUCAAAACAAGGCAGACCUUACCUAUUCCACAGCUCCUUCCUCCCUCCCUGUGAAAAAGCCAAGUUAUGUGGCUUCUUUCAUUUUGUGGCUCCUUGUUAGUCCCUCUCUUGUCACACCCCUUGAUGUGAAAAGCUUGCAAGAGUGAGUCCCUGGACUGUGCUCAAGCCCCUUUGUAGAUGCUGAGAUGGGCUGGAGCACAAGGGCCUCAACUGGGACAUACAAGAGACAGCAAAAAAAGUGCAGGACAAAUACCUCGAUUCAAACAUUACCAUUGUUAACUCACAAAUUCACCUUAACUCAGCAGAUCUCACGAGAGGAGGAAUUUUAAAGGGAACUGUAGGAUAACUAAGAGGAUAAUAACUGUAGGAUAGCUCUGAUGCCAGUGUGAGGCCAUGGAAAGGAACCUUGAAAUGUUCACCUAUCUCUUUGUCAAUACUUUAAGGUUUAAUGCCAUCAAAGCAUGAAAAUUUGGAUGGUCUGCACUCUCUCUCUUCCGUUACACACAGAGAAAGCUGGCAUUGAUGGAGACCUGUGGACUGACUGUAGAUCUGUAGCAACAUAACAAGAAGUGUGAACCUGUGAAGAGAAGGGAGAUGUGAGCAUCAUUUAUCAAUGGUUCUGUUUAGAAAUCUGUUCGGAGGUGGCUGUUUCAAGGGAUGAAGUUAUCAUAUUUCUCAUGAUCUUUCCUUUUAAAAUUAGUUGCACACUAUACUAUAAGGAACAGAAUUGAUUUCAUUUUUCUUUGGAAGUCUCCCUAUAAAAGCUAGCUAAAUUUGUUUCCAAAUAAUAUUCAGCUUAAUGGGUCUUUCUCAAAGUAGCAAGCAGCCAGAAAACUAAGCACUAUGUUUAAAAAGAUUUAAACAGAAGAAUUAUGAUGAUGCUAAUUGUGAGGCCAAAAAUGUAUUUCAGAUGCCAGUGAAAGCUAUUUAAAAUGUUACAAAUUCCUGAGAAGGAAGAAAGUAAAUAUUUCUAAUAGCACUAGAGAUAUAUUACAGGCUUUGAGGAACUGCACUGUGGUUCUACUAAUUUUAAAAAGUUCUGUGUUUUCUGUACUAAAUGAAUGAAUUUAGACUUUGGAUCAAAUUAUCAGUGUGAUCAGUUAUUACACCUUCUAUCAGCUUUUAUUAAGAUGAUGCAAGUGUCUAAAGAUCACUGAGUCUGGUCUUUCUUAUCUAGUUUUGCUUUCCUAUACGUCCUAUCUGUAGUGCAUUUAGGCAAAUGAAUAAAUUUAGUUGAAAAAAGAGAAUUUUGAGAUAAUCAAGGUUCCCUCCCUCCCAUUUCAACAGAAAUAGAUAGUAACAGCUGAAGGAAACAAAGCAGAGAACAAGUCAGCUGUCUUAUCUUCCUGAUCCUUUCUUUUUUUCCUUAGGAAUGUGUAUCAUUUGUUCCCCUUUAACAAACUGGCCGGUCAUACAAGUAAAAGAUUCAAGGAAAUCUAUGUUCUCUUGUUUAAAGUACUUGCAGUGUUAGUAAUGCCACAGUUAUUUUUUCCAAUUUUCGUUCUGUCUCUCACAGUGAUCUCAUUAGGUUUCUUUGACUUCCUUGAAAACUAGCAACUCAAAUGGCUUGUGGGAGACACUUCAAGAUAAAACUACAUUAGUCAAGAUGAAUCAUAAAUGUCUCUUGCCUUGGCAGACCUCUCGGUUAUAGCAUUGGUGUCUGCAAGUCAUUACGAGUCCCUGUAACAUGUCAAAAGAUAGAGAGAAAGUGGUGUAACUAAGAGAUGUGCCAGUGACAGAAUUUGAUAUUUCUGAACUGUAGAUGGGUUGCUCCAUGAAGGAAGAGGGUGAAAGCAUUUGCUGUAAAAUUUCUUCAAGUAAUUUUUGUCGUUAUAAAGCUAUAAAAAUAGAUCUAUAGAAUAAACCAUUUCCCUCUUAA